AUGGAUCCUGGACGUGUAGCUACUCUGGUUGAGGACAAAGAGGGUAUCACUUGGGGUUGUGCUUAUAGAAUAACAGGACAAACGGCAUUGGAUUAUCUGAAGCAAAGAGAGUGCACAUUAGGUGGUUAUACUACAGCCGAUACAAAAUUUUAUCCCCGCGUUGCAUCCUAUGACACACCCUUCGGUGGAGAAGCUUUAGAAGUUUUAAUUUAUGUAGCCAAUAAAGAUAGUGAACACUGGCUGGGCGAAGAUAACUUGGAAAAUGUAGCUAAACAAAUUGUCGAAUGCCAAGGACCCAGCGGACAUAAUGCUGAAUAUCUUUUACGUUUGGCAAAAUUUAUGCAUGAAGAAAUACCAGAAGUAUGGGAUGAGCAUUUAUUUCAAUUGGAAACAUUAGUCUUAAAAGAAUUACAUAAACGCAAUAUACCCGUUUGGUCGGUGAUGGGUAGAAAUCCAGAGCGUAUAAGACGAGAUUCACAUGAGGAAAUAAGACGUCCUCCUAGUUUUGUGUUUACAUCACGUAUACCGGAACGUAAGCUGCGUUGUUUAAAUAUUUGAGUAAGACAACAAUACUUUCCAUACUGUGUUAGACAAGGAAGUAUUAAUAUAGUUUAGCAACGACGUUAUCUGUCGAAAAACUAUUAAGUUUAAGGAAAUCAAACAUUAAAUCAUGAAAAAACAUAUUUUCUUUAUAAUUUUGUAAUAUAUUUUAUACAUCGAGA